CAUCACGUAGCUCUUGAAAUUAUCGGUGUCGCAUAGCAAUGGAUGACAAAUCGCCGGCGUUUCCAGAUUCCGGCGAUUUAUCCCGGGAAAUAGUGUCCGUAGCUUCUGGAGAAGCUCACACUGUGGCUCUCUCUGGCGACGGAUGCGUGUACUCAUGGGGAAGAGGGAUGUUCGGUCGUCUCGGGUUGGGUUCGGAGUCCGACGAGCUCGGCCCAGUUCGUGUCGGGUUCGAGUUUCCGGGUCGACCCGGGAGUGAUCGGGUCAAAAUCGUGGGUGUUGCUGCUGGUGCUUAUCACAGUCUCGCUCUUUCAGAUGAUGGUUCGGUUUGGUGCUGGGGUUAUAACAUAUAUGGCCAACUUGGUUUUGAUGGAGAGAAUUCAUUGGCGCCUCGCUUGUUGGAUCAGUUUCUGAAACCAGAAUCAUCCAGUUCUCCUCAAGACAGUCCAGUUACAGAAACCAGUUCCCCUACAAAGGUUAGUUGUGUCAAAGCCGGAUGUAUGAUGUCGCUUGCCAUUGAUAGUGUUGGAGGACUUUGGAUGUGGGGCAAUAUUCCACACGAAGAAGACAGGGAACCUGAAGAACCUCGCUUCUCAUUUUCAAGCACUUCGGUUCCUACUCCUGUAUCUGAUUUCUAUGGCCAGAUGGUUCUGAAGGUAGCGUGUGGUAAUGAACAUGUCAUGGCCCUCGUGGGUGUCGGGAAGAAUUGUGGAAACGAGGAUGGCGUGUUGUAUUCUUGGGGCGGUAAUGAUCAUGGCCAGUUAGGGCUCGGGGACAGAGAAAACCGUUCAAGGCCCCGGAUUGUCGAGACAUUUGACAAGGACUCGGGUUUUACAGUAUAUGACAUAGCUUGCGGGGCUCACCACACGGCUAUUCUUACCCAUAAGAAAGGAAAGACGCAAGAAGCAAGACUUUGUUGGACAUGUCAGCUCGGGCACGGGAAUACUAAGAGCUCAUCCGUUCCUGAGCCUGUUAAAGAAUUGCCUGAACACUCUUGCUUUGUUUCCAUAGAUUGUGGUUUGUUCCAUACAAGUGUGGUAUCAUCCGAGGGAUAUGUCUGGUCGUGGGGAAUGGAGAAGGGGUUAGGGUUAUGUCCUGAUGCUAGUUUCACUGAACCUGAAGCCGGGGACGCCAUUACACCGAGACGGAUGUCAAGUGGAUCAUGGUUUCGGGACCCUGUUCAGGUUUCUUGCGGGGCAGCACACACGGUUCUCUUGGCGAACGGAGGUUACAAGCUCUGGUCUUGGGGACGAGGAAGGAAUGGCGUGCUCGGGAACGGAAACACUACCGACCAUUAUAGCCCGACUACUGUCCUCUGGCCUAAUGAGCCGAAACCCAUGAAUGAGGAAGCACCCGAGACAGAUAAAAGCUCGGCGGAAGAAGAUAUCAAACGGCUAGAAUCGAAGCUAACAGUGAUGGAAAGAUACACCAGCAUACUUCACGGUUCGAUCUUCGGGAAACCGUUCAACGAGGAGGAAGAUAUCCCGAAUUCGUUACGAGCCUCGGGGUAUUUCGACCUCGGAAGAGAAUGGGAACAAAUGGUAGAGGCUGCAGAUCGAAGCCAGCUUCUGAGGCUUCAAGGUUUCUAUGAAAGCAUGCUUGAUAGAGUCAAGGAUAAGCUGUUGGAGAGGAGGAUUCAAGAGAUUAUGAAAGAUUGUCUUCAGUCUUCAACCCCUAAAUAACUCUAAAGACAUUACAAAAUUAUGAUAACUUGUUUUUAACACAUCAGUUUGAGCUGUGCUUUGGAUUAAUCUUAUAAUAUGUAGUAAUUUUGUCUCUU